GUCAAAAGUUGCUCGUGAAAAAUAACUAGAAAACAGAGAAAAAAAAGGAUCGCAAACUUCUUCACAGGCGAACUCCAUUGGAAGCCGUGUGUGUGUGUGUAUGUGUUUCGGUUCGUCGUGUCAAAAAGGACACGGUUUGGUAACCGUUCAGCAUUGCAUCACAACGUGCACGGGAGCAACGACAAGUGCAGGAGGAAGGCAAACCAAGGCGGUAACCGAACGUAUGGAGUGAAGCGAGCUUUUGGUGCAACCGGAUAGUAUGAAUAGUUUACCGACCCUCGGCGGUGCGCUAACGACAAACACUUACCCGGGACCCGAGCCCGAGAUAAUUGGCCAGCAAAAAUGAGAUGGUUUAAACGAUCGACCGAGUCGCCGAAACUGCUCAGUUUGUCACCGCUGCGACAUUCCGAGUCGGGGAAUGUGUUCGGUAAUGAACCGGCCACGAUGGCGACGACGACGAUGCGGCUGCAUCAGCAGCUAGACGGUCCCGAUUGCAUGGGGACACUGCGUCGACGCAGUGCGGGUGAUGGUCCGGGCAGUGUCAGCGGAAGGUUCGGGACGGUAGGCCUAUCGGCCUCCGUCGGGCUGACGAACUCCCCGUCGAGCUCGUCGAACUCCUCGUCCGGCUCUGGGAGCGGAUCUUCCAGCUCCGGAUCAUCUCCUUCGACGACGACGACGAGUUCGUCCAACUCUAGCAGCAGCAGCACCUCCACCACCGGCAGUACCUCCUCACCGUUUUCCUACACCAGUGAUAGUCACAGCGGAAGCAGCAGUACAAGUCCGCAAAAGUUCUUACAGUCCGGAACGGCCACCACGCCACGGAAGUCCCGAAUUGAUCUCUCACCCGUCAACUGGGCGAAGCGCACCGGAUCGUCCGGCAUCAACUGCUACAGCAUCGAGGAGGGCCGGGUUAUCGAGCGGCCGAAAGGUCGCUACGUUUCGCCGAUCCGCAUCAAGCACAAGCAGCAGGCGAUCGCAGCGGCCGCAAACGGUGGCCAGGUCGGGGCCGGUGCCACGCCCGUCACGCGCAGAAUACUCCAACAGCGGACGGCCGGCGAUAAGAAAGACUCCACCGGCGGGGCAGAUGAGGGGCCGGCGGAUGGAAGUUACAGCAGUAACAACAACAACAACAGCACGUCAUUGUACAAACAGUUGAGCCGCUCGAUCGGGAACAUUGUCGACACGAUCGAGAGUCGGUCGAGUCCAUCGCUCGGUCACCGAUCGAUACCGUACCGGGAAAAGAAGAACCCGCUCGGCAGUACGCGGUUGUCCUGCUACCAGCCGAUCAGUCUCGAGCAGCAGUCGAACGCCGGGGACGGGGAGGAGGAGGGCACGUGUCUACCGAGGCGGACCGCUCUCGGAAGCUGUGCGACCCUGCACCGGGCACAGAAGGCGCGACAUCCGCUCUACAAGUCCGUCGACGAUCUAAUCUUUCUCAGCUCGUGUGGUGCGGUUUUUUCGGUCGAAGCUGAUAGCGACGGUACGAAAACAGCGCACACGAUCGCUAGUCGACAGCAGGCGGUGGCGACGCUGCAGUUGCAACGAUUAGGUUCACCGAAGCACACGUCAACAAAGGAGGAAGCAGCGAUCGCUUCAACUACGACGACGACGGACAGCUUGACGCACCCGCAGCAGCACAACCACCACAACCACAACCACAACCAAAGCCCUAUCACCGUCGACACGAGCAGAGCAACAUCGGCGGCGAGUGGAGGGAAAGGAAAGGGACCGACCGUCGCCCCCCGUCGACGCUUAUCGUCCUCGAGCGCAGUCGUGCAGAUUGCGAUUGACCGGACGAGUGACGAGGUUCCGAACGUCGAACUACCAAAGAACGAACACCAUCCGGCGGCAAUGUCGACGCGGACGGUCCCGAUGGAUCCGGGCGAUCACGACGAAACGUACGGGUUUGCGCAGAUGCGCACCACCCUCGGGCCGAUCGAAACUGCCUUCCGGUUGCGGCUGGAGGCGCUGAAGCAGGAGGAGAGUGCGGCCGCCUCGUCGGUAGUCGCCGCCUCCGCUGGCUUCAAGACCCCAAAGAAGAAGGACAACUUCACGAACAAAAUUCGGGCCAUGUCCGAUCGAACGCAGAAGCUGUUCUCGCGCAUCUACUCAACGAACUCGGGCGGUGCGGCGGCUCAGAAGACCAACCACUCGUCGAUGGCGGCCUACCUCUCGGCGACGAAAUCGUUGAAAAAGUCCUCCUCGAAGCUGUCCGAGGCGAGCCGGAGAAGCGUAAGCUACGGUGCACUGCCCGGGUUGGCCGACUUUCAGGCGAAUGUCAUGCCGAAGGAUUACGAGGACAUUGAAGAGCAGCAACCAUCUCCGCAGCGACCCGAACUCAAACCGGAGAAGCACACUAACGCACUGGUUGACGAUGUCGAUGUGGAGCUGGUGCUGGUUACGGGCGGCACAGGGGGAACGAUCGGCCCGGCCGGUGGACACACCGACGCGGAGGAUGGCGAUUCCGGUAUCCUCGUGAACGAGUCGGGAGCCUCGUCCAUCCUCGAAACGGACGACGUGUUUCACGACGGAUCGAUCCCGAGCAUUCCGUCGAAGGUGGUGAACGGUUUUGUCGAUAGCACCGAGUUUAAGCUGGUCACUAUCCGGUUAGACGACGGACCAGAACCCGACGGGUGCGCGGCGGAAGAUGCCGGCGGGCUCGGUAUUAUUGUGACACCGAUCGCCACGUCCGACGGGGAAGUCAGCAACCGCUACAAGGUGGCCCACGUAUUGCCCGGAGGACUUGUUUACAGGGAUGGUUCGAUACAGCCGAACGAUGAAAUUGUCAACAUCCUCGGGAAACGGCUGCGCGGGCUCUCGAUGCGACAGGUUCAGGACCUGCUGAAUAGCUGUGGGUCCCGGGGGCGCACCGGAGGCCGCACCAGCAUCGAUCUUGUCAUUUGUCGCAGCAGGGCAAAUGGCACCGAUCACGAGCAAGAGCAAGAAGGUACGCAGCCACCAACGUCGCGGCCACCGUCGUCCGCCAGCAGAAAGUUGUUCCGGAACAGCCGGAAGGUGUCCCUCGAUUCGUACCUCGAGGACGAGCGGAGGGACCACAGUGGUAGCGAGACCGGAUCCGAGCAGGACACUAACUACGCGUCGAUUGCUAUCAAAAUCGAUGGUAAUAAGUACAACACACUCGGAACACCGCGACGAUCCAAGCAACCACUGUCGAUGGUUUGCCGACAACAACAGCAACAACCACCAUCGUUGACCAGCAGUCUGGUGACCGCUUGCGAGGGAAUCCCCGGGACGGAAGUGGACUCCCAACCGCCCUCGCUAGAUUGUGCGAAACGACGUUCGUUCACCAAAAAUGUCCCAUCACAGUCCAACACCUCAAAGCACGUCGUCCGACGUUCGCUCGUCGGCAAGCAAUCCUCCCAGGGUGGCCUCCAGCAGCAGGACCACCACCACCCCCACCCUCACCUUACCACCACCAAAAGCACGAUGAACCUGUGCGACGACGAAAAGCUCGAACUGCACGCAUCCACCUCGGACGAUGCGGAAACCAGCAGCGGUACUGGUUCGCUCGAGCUGGACAAAUCGAUGAGCAACUUCUGUACGCUCCCGCGGCGCCCCAAGUCGUCCCUCUGCUCGUUCCACACGGUCGCGUUCGAGAAGGGCCCGGGUAAGAAGUCGCUCGGGUUUACCAUCGUCGGUGGGCGCGAUAGUCCCCGCGGAGCGCUCGGUAUCUUCAUCAAGAGCAUUCUCCCGUCGGGACAGGCGGCGGAAGAUGGUCGGCUGCGGGCCGGCGAUGAAGUGCUCGCCGUCAACGGGCAGGUUUGCCACGACCUCACGCACCUCGAGGCGGUCAAGCUGUUCAAGAGCAUCAAAACGGGCGAAAUUGUGCUGCAGCUGUGUCGCCGGAACAAAUCGGCCCACCGUUCCAUGGACAUCGAUGCCAAUGCGUGUUAAGGGAGAAGGGAGGAGGGAUCCCGUGCGAUCCCGCCCGAUCCGAUUUCUUGCAAAUCUGCUUUCUUUUGUAUCGGAAAGACUUAUUAGUUGGUAGGGUUUUGCUCUGAUGUACAGUUCGAUUUUGGGGAGAGACAUAUAAUGUAGUUCGUGUAAGCAGAAAAGCAGGAUUAGUUUAGUGUGUCGAUCUGAACCGUCUCAAGAGUAUCUAAAUGUGGUGUACAUUCACGUCUACUUAUUGCUAUGUGAACUUAUCGUCCCUCUAUUAUUGUGUGAUUGUGAAGCAUAAACCGUAUGUUUAAUGUAUCGUAAAGAGGCGAAGAAAGUGUCUAAGUAAAAAUGUAUGUAUGUGUAUUAAAUAUAAUGGAAAAAGUGAA